AUGUCCAAGAGCGCUGGAAAUGAGUAUAGUGCCUCAACAACACAUCGUAGCUUUCAAUCCUUAACAGUCACUGCGCCCCCCAGUAGACUGAACAUUCGCCAACAUGUUCCAACUGGGGAAGAUGGCUCAACACUACCCCUUCCCCGGUCUAUACUGGGAGCAGCCAAUAUCACAAUAGGAUCGCAAAAGCGCAGCACAUAUAGCGCUGUCUGCAAAGCCGUCCAAUCGACCAGAUGCCACCAACGCUCCCAUCCAACUCUUCAUGUUGGAGGGAACGAGAAGCCGGCAGCUGUCCGCAAAGGAGGGUCGUAUGGGGAUCGUAGCUUCCCUAUAUCUGUUGAUGCAAUGCAGGUCUCUGCUCAUCCAGGAAUUCCCAUGAUUCAUCACUUACCUCUGUGUGGGAAUGAGAAGGCUGGAAAUUCACGAGCUCUUAUAGACCAGAGAUCUAGCAGGUCACAUGACCUAUUCACUUUGACAUCGGCGGAAGUUUCCAUGACAAAUAGUCGGAAAUGGGAUGACGUACGAGCUGUGAUGCAUCCCAAAGCGGAAAGGCGUCGAAUGAACACGGACGUUAUGCGCAUAGGUAUCUUGUCUAUCCCGCUUUGUAAUGCAUCCAAUAACGCAAGUCAAGAAAACGCGCCUCAGCUCGGAAAUCCACGGCCGCGGUGCAUGAUGAAAACACGACUCGGGCUAUUCGGUGGCGUAUUCCAUGGAAAUCUAUAUCCAGUCGGAAAUGCGCGGAAAGACAUACCUAUUCCCAUCCCUCGUAACCAUCCUUGUCAUAAGGGUGUCUUAAGCUGCGAUGCAGUCGGGGAGUAUAAAACAUGCCGGGCUGAGGGGAUGCCGGCUCAGGGGUAG